CUAUUAUUCUAACACACAUGAGAACCACAUAACAGAGCUUAAAAACGAUUUCAAGUUUUGGCUGAUAUGAAGAAAACAAUCCAACUUAACAAUGGGAAGGAAAUGCCAAUUAUUGGACUUGGUACUUGGCAGCUUCCGAUGAUUCACAUGGACCCAAAGUUGGUGAAGAGAUCCCUUAAGUUGAGUCUGAAGAAUCUACAGUUAUCAUAUGUAGAUCUGUACCUCAUUCACUUCCCUAUACCUCUAGAAUACAAUGGUGACGACACCAAAAUAAUACCCUUAAACGAGGCCGGAAUCUGGAAGGGAGCAGACAAGUGGGAUCUGCUGGGAACGUGGAAGGCAAUGGAGGAACUUGUAGACCUGGGGUUGACUAAAUCUAUCGGAGUUUCUAACUUUAGUAUCUCACAAGUUGAAAGAAUCUGCAGGAUGGCCAAGCACAAACCUGUUACAAACCAAGUGGAAUGUCACAUAUAUCUCCCACAGACAGAUUUGUUCGAGGCUAGUAAGAAGCACGGAGUAACAAUUACAGCGUAUGGUCCAUUCGGGUCGCCAGGAAGGCCUGCGUCUAUUAAACAAGCAGACGAACCUGUUGUCUUAGAAGAUCCUGUCAUCCUGAAAUUAGCCAAAAAAUAUGGGAAAACUCCAGCGCAGGUUAUUCUUCGAAAUCUCAUACAAAGAGGUAUGGCUGUAGUUCCAAAGAGUGCGUCUCCAGAAAGAAUACGUAGCAAUUUCCAGGUUUUUGAUUUUGCUCUAUCGGAAGAGGACAUGGAAGAAAUUGAUAAGAUAAAAACUAGACGCCGCUACUUCGAUAAUAUGGGUGCUAUGUUUAAGGGUCACCCAGAAUGUCCAUGGUGAAGUUGAAAAAAAAAAUUAAAAAGUUGUAGAAUGUCAUUGAGAAAUAUCUCUGUCUAACAUUC